UGGUCCGCCGAUCUGACAACAAAAAGUAAGGUUGGGUUACUAAAGAUGUAAAGAAAAUUUAAAAAAUACAUUCAAAAUAAAAUUUAAAUGAAAAGAUAACAGUGAUGGGUACUAGUUAUUUAAAGAUAAUUAAUCGUUUCAAAAUAAAAGCAUGUAGCUUAGAAAAGAUUUAUGGCAUGUCAAACAGUCUAAAGAACUUUAGAAAAAUCCACACUAGUCAAGUUCAAAGACAUGGUGAGUAUGAAUGGCAAGACCCCAAGAGUGAAGACGAAGUUGUUAACGUAACAUUUAUUACGAAAGAUGGUGAAAAGGUUCCUAUUCGAGGCAAAGUGGGUGAUAAUUUGUUAUAUUUGGCACACAGAUAUGAAAUACCGAUGGAGGGUGCUUGUGAAGCAUCAUUAGCUUGCACAACUUGCCAUGUAUACGUACAUGGUGACUCAUAUGAUAAAUUACCACAACCUUUAGAGGAAGAGGACGAUUUACUUGAUAUGGCGCCUUUUUUAAAAGAAAACUCACGUUUAGGUUGUCAAAUAGUACUAACUAAAGACUUAGAAGGACUGGAAGUAGAACUACCCAAGGCUACAAGGAACUUCUACGUUGAUGGGCACACCCCUAAGCCUCACUGAUAUUAUUUUUUAUACUUGUACAGUAUUUUAGGAUCUUAAAUCUCAAAGUAAAUAUAGAGUAGGUAAUAUAAAUAAAAAAAACAUAA